GCAUCUUUACAACUUCCUCCCAUGAGCAGGGUGAUCAAUGCAGGGAAGAGCCAGCACAACGAGGACCAGGCCUGCUGCGAGGUGGUCUUGGUGGAGAGACGGCCCAGCCCGCGGCGGUGCCCGCCUGCCCGCGAUGGCCCCGGCGAGCUGGAGGGGGGCAGAAAAGGCUUCUAUUUCCACUACUGGGCCCUGUUUGAUGGCCAUGCGGGUGGUGGUGCUGCGGUCAUGGCCUCCAAGAGGCUCCACGUGCACAUCUGCGAGCAGCUCCGGGACCUGGUGGACAUCUUGCAGGACCCUUCGCCACCCCCCAUCUGCCUCCAGCCCGACGCGCGGGCUGCGGGCGAGCCGAGCCGGGCGCCCCUGGCCCGGGAGGAUGGCGAGGCCCCCAACGAUGCCCUGCCGCGGUUUCACCUCGAGAAAGCGGUGUCUCACGAAAGCCUGGUCAUCGGCGCCAUCGAGAACGCCUUCAAGCACAUGGACGAGCAGAUCGAGCGCGAGCGUGCGGUCCAGCGUGUGUCCGGGGGCUGCUGCGCCCUGGUGGCCGUCUACCUCAUGGGCAAGUUCUACGUGGCCAACGCCGGUGACAGCAGGGCCAUUAUCAUCCGUAACGGGGAAAUCAUUCCAAUGUCCAGGGAGUUUACUCCAGAGACAGAGAGGCAGAGGCUGCAGUUUUUAGGCUUCCUGAGGCCGGAGCUGCUGGGCAAGGAGUUCACGCACCUGGAGUUUCCCCGCAGGAUCCAGCCCAAGGAGCUGGGGAAGAGGAUGCUCUACAGAGACCAAAACAUGAACGGCUGGGCUUACAAGAAGAUAGAGGAGGAUGACCUGAAGUUCCCGCUUAUCUAUGGGGAAGGGAAAAAGGCUCGGAUGAUGGCCACAAUUGGGGUCACGCGCGGCCUGGGAGACCACGACCUCAAGGUGUUCAGCUCCAACAUCCACAUCAAGCCCUUCUUGUCCUGCUUCCCAGAGGUGAGGGUUUACGACCUGACGCAGUACGAGCACUGCCCCGACGACGUUCUGGUCCUGGGCACCGACGGGCUCUGGGACGUCACCACGGACCGGGAGGUGGCCAGCGCGGUCAUGGAGGUGCUGGGGAGCUACGAGCCCAACGACCCGUGCAGGUACACCAUGGUGGCGCAGGAGCUGGUCGUGCGCUCCCGGGGCGUCCUGAGGGAGCCGCGUGUGCCCAACGACAAGCUGGGCUCCGGGGACGACAUCUCUGUCUUCGUGAUCCCGCUGGGCGGCCCUGGUAACUACACGUGA